GUUAGCCAAUGCUUUCUUCAUUCUUUCCGGGCAAUAUGUCUUGAUGGCUUUUCUGCCCAAAAAAAAGGAAAGAAAACUCACUUUCCUUAGACUUCUAAGAAGGCAUGAAUGUAACUGGCCAAAAAAAGAUGACAGAAAAUGACAGAUGCACAAAUGUUGACAAGUAUGUUGGUGAAAUUAAAGGUGGGCUGAGGCCAACCAUGAAAAUCACUAUCAUGGGAGUAAUAUGUUCCACCCCCAAAAGUUUUUCCGUGACUCUGCUCUGUGACCCCAUUGAUGGUCAUGCAAGCAAGGAUAUUGGCCUAUCACUCAUAGUCAGUUUUACUGAGAAAUCCGUUGUCCGGAAUUCACGAAUUGCUGGGAAAUGGGGUAAAGAGGAAAGAACAAUUCCUUACUUCCCAUUUACACCAGAGGACUCAUUUAAGAUGGAGCUCUUCUGUGAGCAUCAACAGAUCCGUGUCCUGCUUGAUGGGCGGCAACUCUGCAGUUUCAGUCACCGUGUGCAGCCUGUGCAAAGAGUGACAGCUUUACAAAUCUCAGGAGAUCUCAAACUCACUAAGGUGGCCUGAAGAAUAGAAUAAAGGAUCCCAUAUUUUACUGUGCUACGGCAACAAUUCUCUUUCCUACAUUCUUCAAAGUGUUUCCUUCCUUUUCUGCAAGGUUUUUUUUUGGAGGAUUUGAAAUGUUCAGGAAAUUUGGAUUAGGUGUGUUAGCAACCACCCCGUCCCUGUUUUGUUUUAUUUUUCUUUGCCUACCAAAUUGAUAUACUAAUUCUUAUCCUAAUGUUCCACAAUCUGUAAUGAAUGACUGGUUUGGGGGCUUCACAUGACCACAGCAUUAUUAUAAUAAUUGCAAGCCAUGGAUCCAGUAAAGCUUUUUGUCCAUAUAGAAAAGAUGGUGAAUCCACAGAGGAUGUAUGCAUUUCCAAAGAGAGCACAUGGCACCUGCUUAUUUAAUGACUAUGUAAAUUAGAGGAAGUCAACCCCAUUCAGAGCUAACUACAUAACACAGAGAAGUUUCUAGUCAUGUAUUCCUUUGUAUGUUCUGUGCAGCUUACUCUGUACGUAAGAUUAUAACUAUGUAGUGCCAUUCUACAUGUUUCCCUAGAAGUAAAUCCUACUAUGUGGAGCUUCCUUUCUUGUAAAUGUGCACAGAAUGGAAUUGCACCAUGAGUGCAGAAUAUGCAAAUGAAGGAUAUAUAAAUAUCCUUAUUGUAUUUUGCUAAACUGAGACAAUAUUUUACUUGCGUUUUUCUAUAUCAGUAACGCUUUGGUCUGUUGUGCUAAAAUAGUAUAUACUUUAAUUAAAAUUGCUAUUUUAACUUUUUAAAAGUACACAUCCAGUUUUGUUCCAUGAUGUUGCACAUAUGAUGCCAUUGUUCUGGAAGAUGAAAAGGGAGGAUGUGUAAAUCUGAGAAGUCAAAUUCCAUGGACUUUUUCAUUUUCCGGAUCUACAUCAGUUUUUUGCUACUUUCAUGUGGAUUAGGAGUAUGUAGGAAAAAGUCCCUCCUAUAUUAUAAAUCUUUUAAAAUUGAAUUUUUCCAAUUGUACACAUGGUUUGUUUGCACUGUUUAAAAUAUGACAGAUAGAUAAAACUUUAUUACCAUCAAAGACCAGCCACAAAUAAA